AUGGCAGAACAGCCUGACACGCACAAUGAUGAUAAUAAUGACAAACCACCACCCCGUCAGCUGAGGAGCAAGGGACAGACGAAAGCUGUGGCCAAAGGGAAAUUGGUCGAGACCACCAACUCCUUGAACUGCCUCGACUUCUUCCAGAGAUACGCAUUAGAUGAUUUGCAUUUGCCCAUACAGGUCAAGAAUGCUAGCAAUGCAUCCGUUCUUCAGACUGGGUACGAGGAUGCUUCUACCAUCUCCAAGCAAGCUCUCGAAGCAUGUCUGGAUCUCAUCGAGCAGACCAGUGCCCAUGACUACAAGAAUUCAGAAGCAGGAUGGUCUCGUGCCAAGAAGAAGAAAGAAAUGAAGCUGCCAGACAUGAAGUAUAUCACUCUCAACGACGAACGCCCCAACCAUAUGAUCGCCGGCUUUGUCUCCUUCAUGAUCACCUACGAAGAUGGGUUCGAGGUCGUCUACGUCUAUGAAAUCCACUUGGCCCCGGAAUGGCAGGCACAAGGACUCGGCAAAUCUCUCAUCAUAGCUGUUGAGACUAUCGGCAAGAACGUCGGUGCGGAGAAGAUCAUGCUGACCGUCUUCAAAGCUAACCGACGGGCCGUCGACUGGUAUUGCAAACUGGGCUAUGUCGAGGACGAGUUCUCCCCGGAACCUCGCAAGCUGAGGAAUGGCACCGUCAAAGAACCCACAUACGUGAUCUUCUCCAAACGAUUGAGAAAGGUCGGAUGA